AUAUUUCGGUUACAAUAAUUGACUAAACAUUACGAAGAAAUAUAGGCAAUUAUUAUUAAAAACUUAAAGAGCAAGGACACCCAUAGCCAUAUCUAAAUCUAUAUCAACUGAUUAACUGUAUGUAGUUUUUUUUUGUUUGUUUUUUUUUUGUAUUGUAUUACCAGCCACGUCUUACUAAGAAUCAAGAAGUGUCCAACUAAAACUAUUUGACAAUGAACUGUUCGAAACUAUUUAAGGUAGGCCCCUAUUUUAUCUAUGUUCUGAACAGUUCUGUCUAUAUUCUAUAUAAUAUUAUAUUAAUUUUUAUUUUAUAUUACAAUUUACAGGUUUAAGUUUUCAUCUAAGAACAAAAAUAGUGAAAAAGAAAGAAGACAGCCAAGGAAAAUAAUGUUGAGGGCUGUACUGUAGUUUUAGUUUUAGUCAGGCACUUGAGUCUUGCUUAGACAGGGGCAGGGGUGUCAAAGCAAAGUCAACUCAAUAAAAAUGUACAGUACACAGACAAAAAGUUUGAAAUGGCAAUAUUCUAAAUCUCCAGAAUUUUUACAGUUACAGGCAAUCAAAACAUUUUACAACCACAUUAUAAAAAUAAGUUGGCAAUCUACCACUUGAGUCUUUGUCGGUUAUGAAAAAUCCUGUUGUUCUGAUUUGAAGCGUUAUUUAAACUGUUAUUUUUUUAUUGAUGUGGACAGAGGGCCACUGAGUUUUCAGUGGCAUAGAAUCAUAGAAAGAGAGAGUGGGUGCUAUUUUCUAAUCAAAGUGCCAGAUCACGUGCAAUCAUUUUACAGAAUUGAAGCAAGAUAUAUCCUACAGUCUACAGGCUCACUGAUGGUAUCGGGCAGAUAGGCGGCUUAUGGCUACUUAUGCCAACAUAAGCAAUAACAGGCUUGGAAUUGUUUGACUGUUUGUUGAUCCAAACAGAAUGCUGAAUGACUUCAUGUUCCAUUCGGCAACCGAUUUUGGAGAGUGUAAAUUAUAUUUUUAAAUACCGUACUACAUUGUUACAUUGUGGUCUUUUCAUACUUGCAAUUGUUUUAAUUUUUAUAUUUAAAAAAUGUUGUCUUGAAUUAUUUAUAUAAAUAUGUUCUGAAAUGAAUAUGUAGAAUUGCAAUUUCAUAAAAGAUAUUUCCAUCUAUUUGGAUCAAUAAAACAAUUUUAUCUUAUCAAUUUCAAUAAAUAUCACAUCACACUUCAAACCAGAACAACAGGAUUUUUUCAUAACCGACGCUAAAGUGGUAUAUUACCAUUUAAGUCUAAGAGCAUAAUAUUAUAAUAAAUUAUAUGCUAAUAUUAAUAAGUAUAGACUAAUAGUAUAAGCUAAAAGUAAAAGUGAAAAGUAAAAGAAAAACAAUAUCAAAGACAAAUUAUUUGACCAUGUACUUAUAGACCAUUUAUAGGAAUAUAGAAACAAAAAUAGGUAAUUAGUCUACACCACGACCAUUGAUUGUAUGAUAUUCUCAUCAAAGUUGAAUUUUUAAUACAAGUAUAAAGCUUGCAAGAAGUAAUUGUAACUCUGCAAACACUAACAUUUACAAAUAUGUUCACAAUUUUACACUUCAAAAUAUUUAUUGUACAAUGUCUCAAUUUUUUUAAGGGCAUCCAAAAUUCUUUAUUGGCUCUUACUUUUACAGACAAGUUACUUUAGGUAAAUUUAUGGACGUUUCGAUAACCCUGUGCCUAGACGUGGUUCAUAGUUUUUCAGUGACUAUGAUGUAGAAAAUUAAAAUGAAAGUUAUAUACAAUGAAUGGUUAAUAGUUAAGUAAAUGGAGAAGAGAUUUUAAAAAAUACACAGUGGCUACUUUACAUAUGACUAAUAUGAGUAACAUUUGACGUAGUAACAUUUGACGUGACUCACAAGUAGCAGAAAAGUUCAGUAACUUGUAGUAUGGCGUAGGGGGGUUGGGGGUGUUUGAAUGCUUUCUUUUUUUACUUUUGCCCUAUGAAAUUCACUGGUUUUAGUGUGGCCGUCAUAAGACAUACCUACAGUAACCGGUAAUCCCAUUCAACAACAAAGAAAUCCACCACUACCAAAUUAUAUCCCUCCUUUUCACCCAAAAUGGAAUUUUCUUAAAUUUUGGGAUUUGGGAUAUCUCCCUGUGCAUAUGACAUGUUGCUUACGGUAAAAACAAGCCACAACUGACCUGUUUUUCCCUGGAUUGUCAGACUUAAAAUUGCAGUUGUUCAUAUGAAUAGAAAGUGUGCUAUGGGUAGCCAAUAAAUUUUUUAAAUUUAUAUUUUAAAUUGUAUCCAUUUUAUUGAAACCAAAAAUGUUCUAUUAAUAUCUUUAAAAAUUCAGUUUUAAUGAAAAUGUAAUAUUUAAGUAUAAUAAUUUUUUUUACAGAAUGUCUCAAGACUAUGUCUAAGGAAAAACCCAAAGUCCAGUCUGCACACAUCUCUUCAGAAUAACAUGCCCAUGGUGCCAAUUGUUAUUGAGCAAACUGGUCGAGGAGAAAGAGCAUAUGAUAUUUUUUCACGAUUGUUGAAAGAAAGGAUUAUAUGUAUAAUGGGCCCUGUAAGAUGAUUAUGCUAUUUUUUAAUUUUAGAAAGUCACGCUAUUUUUCAGUGUAAUAUUUUUAACAAGUGUAAUAUUAUACAAUUUGCAGUCUUUAAUUUUGCUAAUGGAAUGAGUUCAAGAUUAUUAGCAUAUGAUUAGAUUUUAAAAUAUAUACCGGUACUGUGUAUAAAUAAUUAUUCAAUAGGUAAUUUUAACUAGUCUAGUUCUUAGCAGCUUGACUGGUUUAGAUUAUGUCUUAUUUUUCUUACAGAAAUAACCUUUCUAACCUUCGCAAAUCUGGUAAAUGUUGCACAUAUGCUUUUGAACAACAAAAAGCAAAUACACUUUUGAUAUUAGUUACCGGUUCUUACAAGAAUAUAGCUAAAUUGGGAAAAACAGUGUCUCAUUUUUUUCAGAUCCAUGAUGAAAUGUCUAGUCUUGUUGUUGCACAGUUGUUGUUUUUACAAUCUGAGAGCAGCAAAAAACCAAUUCAUAUGUAUAUAAACAGUCCAGGUAAAAUAUAAUCCCAUUUUACUAUUUGGGUUAUCUAUCAUUAACAUGUUGGUCAAUACAAGGUCUUCAAUUAUAAGCUUAAGAUAUUAAUUAACCCUCGAACUGUGGCAUGCAUCAUUCUGUGGUGUGGAGCUUUUCAGAGCUUUUUGAGAGCCUUUUGAAAUUGCAUUAAAUGACAUAGAAAUAUUGAUGCAAGACCCCAAUAAUUAUAUAUUUUUAGAAAGGUAAAUGGAUGGGGAUAAAGUUGGCUAUAUUGUCCACCCCGUACAGAAAUGUUGCUCAGUGUCCUUGACCUUGGAGUGCUCAAGAAAAUAAAAAUCGACAAAAUGUCUUGCUUUCAAGUGCUCAUAGCAUCAUUAAUUUUUAUAGAUACAACAUCAUUAAUUUUUAUAGAUACACUUAAAAUACAAAUCUAAAUUUUGUAGCUAAUUCAUUUAUCUUUCAGAAAAUGUAUAGUUUACUAAGGUUUUGAUUAAAAUUAAACCCCUGAAAGCAAUUUUAUUAAUUUUAGGUCAUUUAUAUAAGAAACUGGGACCACAGCUAAAACCAAGUACAAAAUACAAUAUUUAUAGCAAAAUAGUUAUUAUUGACUAGUGAACAUUUAAAAAGGAACUGUCGAACUGAUUUGGGUUGUUAAACUAUAAAAUUUAUUAGUUCUGAUCUACAAUCUGUAGCUUCUGUGACUAAAAUUCAGUCAGUCCUUGCCUAAUCUCCGGGCCUGGCUCGAAGUUAAACAGUAGCCUCAGUAGGCCUAUUUUAGUAUCACUCAGACUUGUAUCAGAUUCACGAAAAUAAGAAUCUGAAGUGAGAUGUCGUGGGGAAUGUUAAAAUCAUCAUCAGUAUCACUUAAAUCCUCUCCUAAAAAGCUUUCAAAAAUAUUUAUAUUAGUUCUCGCACUGAAGGCCUGGCCAGAGCUUCCGCCAUUUUAGCUUUAAAAAAAACAGCGCUAUAAAAUUCUGAUUAAAAAGUACUUAUUGUUAAGUUAUCAAGAAAGAGCUUGACCUGGAAGUUGAUUUAAUUAUUAAUAAAAGGAAGUGGCUAUGAUUUCGGUUAAAUAUUGGAUUGGAAGUUGCUAUCGGCCUGUGUUUUUUAUCAGCCGAUUUUUUCGGCCGCCACAACAAACGAACGAGAAUAUUGGCCGAUGAAAUCGGCCAACCACAGUUUGAGGGUUAAGUAUCUGGUAAUUAAAUUCAGAGAGUAAUAAUACAGCUAAUUUUAAAAAUAAUAUUAUUAAUAUUUACACAUUUUUAAAAAUAUUUCUCCCUUUGAAAUUAUAGGUGGCUCAGUAACUGCUGGACUGGGAAUCUAUGAUACUAUGCAAUAUGUUCAGCCACCAAUAGCCACAUGGUGUGUAGGACAAGCUUGCAGUAUGGCAUCACUUUUGUUGUGCUCAGGGGCCCCAGGACUUCGUCAUUCCCUUCCUAAUUCUCGUGUUAUGAUUCAUCAACCUUCUGGUCAAGCAUCGGUAUGUCAAUACUUAAAUCCAGUGCAUGGUUUUCAGUGAGUUUCUUAUGAUAUGUGAUCUGAAUAAGCUUCACUACAUUGAUAACAAGUACAUGAUUUACAAUUUACAAUAGCAUCUGAUAACAAAUGGAAACAAUAAAAAUAAGAGGAUGUUAAUGUUAAUCAAAAAGUCAUCCUAUCUUCUACUUAUAUUAUAUGUGAAAUCCUUUAGGGCCAAGCAACAGAUAUUCAGAUUCAAGCAGAAGAAAUACAAAAGCUAAAGAAACAGAUAAAUAGUCUGUAUGUAAGACACACAAAGCAACCCAUAGAUCUCAUUGGUAAGGCAACCAAAAAAUACCAGUAUUUAAUUAAACUUCUAUUCUUUCUCUUUCAUUAUUUUAUUCUCAUACAACUCCAUUAAAUUGAAGCUAUUUUCUAAGUAAGCAAUAUUUACUGCACAAAUUUAAGAAACUGGAAGUUGAAAAUUCUGCAUGGAGUAGGUCAUCUGCAAAAGAUUUAUAAUAAGAUAAAAACGAUUUUUAAAAGUAUUGAUAUCUUAAUUCAUUGAGGUGAGAGUAACAGUUUGAAUCUUAAAAUAUAAAUAUUAUAAGCUUUAAAUUUUUCCUCAGAAAAAAGCAUGGAGAGAGACAGGUUCAUGAAUCCAAAAGAGGCAUUAGAAUUUGGUCUAAUUGACACUGUGUUAGAGCACCCUCCAACAGUGGAAGGGGAGUCAAAGAAGUAAAUGUCGCUUUUAAUUUUUAAGACUAUUUGUAAAAAAAAUCAUGAACUUUGGGAAAUUAUUGCUUCCAUUUCCAUGUGGCGUUAUCCUCGUCUAAUAAUGUUGUGGGAUUGAACUAGUUUCAUCAAAUUCUUAUUGCCAGUAUCAACCUCUUUAAAAAAAAAAUUUCCAUGGUAAAACUGACCAACAUUGACAAACAUUCAAGAGUAUAUUACCGGUAUCAUAAGAUGACUUGUUCCACUUUAAAUCACAAAACUGGAAAUGUGCCUUCAAUAAAAAUGUCUGUGUUAAACCAAAACUUAAUGUCAUCUAUCUAUAACUUGAUUAGUGUCUGGUCACAGGUCACUGGUAGUAUGUUAAAAUAGAGAAAGCUGCUAGUUAAAGUUCAUGUAUCGCUUCUCAUGUAACAUGUUUUGUUACCUUCUCUUGUUGUAAAUAUUUCCAACAACUCAGAAUAAAAAUGUUAAAGUUAAAAUCGUAAAAAGAAUGGCUACUGUUUUUUUAAAGUUUAAACUCAUCUUUUAUAAGAUUUUUAUAGUAUAAAUGUUUAUUCACUAACUUGAAAUAAAAAGAGUUUGUUUGUUUUUUAAGCUACACUAAUACUAUAAAACUAUAAAAUCCUAAUUGUACAACUACAAACUUAUUCUUGUGUUGUCUAGGAGUUAGUUAAGUUUUAAGUGUACAAAUUGAAAUCAACACAUCACGCUCCUUUAUCAAAAUUUUAAAGAAUUAUUUAAUUCAGCUCUUGGUCCUACUCAUUCAAUGCUUUCACUCUGCUCUAUCAUUCAAUGCUUUCACUCUACUCUAGCCCUACAGUAUUCCACACAAGCUAAAAACCAUAAAAACAAACGAUCUCAUGAAGUACCCUAAAAAAUUCAUACACCUAGCAACAAAAGUUUUAGAUUUUUGUGACAUACCGGUACCGGUAUCUAAAACUUUCUCAUAAUAACACAAAACAAAUCAUUAACAGCUCAUUAUGAUUUAUACAUUUAUUAAAAACACAAUGAAUAUUUGUUUAGCUUUUACAGGUAAUUUGUUUAAACAAAUACUUUUUUAGUAAAACUAUUGCAUAUAAUUCAUAUAUCCUAAAUUCAUAUUAAGACAAAAUAUUGAGCUAUUGUUAAGCAAAAAUAUUUAUUAAUUGUAACCUGGAUAAUAGCGGUACCGGGUACCAGUAGAAAUAAAAUUAAAAUAGAAAAUAAUUUUUUCAAAAUUUUCUUACAUCUGUAAUUAUAAGGCACCAUAUUUUGUGCAUAAUUUAACUAAUAAUAAAUUAUAUAUUGUUACCAUCAAAUAAAACUGUAGUUACACAAAUCUAGUCACUUUCCACAUUCAAAUUGCAAAGUUUUAAAAAUUACAGAUAAAUAAAACUAUUUAUCAAGCCUGUAUUUAAAUUAUUGACUGUAUAUUUUUUUUUAAUUAACAUAUACUAAGUCUUAUAAAAGUUUCAAGCAUUUUUUUCAACUUUCCUGAAUUAUUAAUAAAUUCCUUUUUUUUUUUUUUAAAAUUAGCUUUCAAUUUCUCAUAAUU